UACGUCAAGGGCAACACUGACCUCAACAUGAAUGCAAUUAGCAUUUUUAUUUUCGGUAUUGCGUCGCAUAUGCUUUUUAUUAACAAUUACUCAAGUGCUACAAUUAUCAGUUCAAUAACAAUCAAAAACGGUAGCCUAGUAAGAUCUCAUUGGGGUGGAAUCGGAAAUCUUACUCGUGAACAAUUCAAUAUUUCGGGUAAUAUUUUGUCAGUGAAUAAAACAAAUUUUCUUCGGGCUGACAAAGUAGAUUGUCUAGGUUUGGGAAGUGCAGUUGCAAGCACUCUGCACUGGCUUCUUGUUGGAAGUUGCCAAGAUUGUGACAAUUUGGAUGUAAAGUUUUACCUGUCAUCAAGAACGCAACGCCAUCGAGUCGAGGUUUUAGUUGGAAGACAAUUUGGCUUGGAAUGGACAGAUUUUCAAAUAAACCGAAGAACUGUUCUCAUUGUUCAUGGGUUUUUGUCUCAUGGCAAUGAAAUAUGGGUUAAAACUAUGGAAGAUGCAUUCCUUUUGUGGGAUGACGUUAAUGUGAUUGUUGUUGAUUGGAGUGCUGGAGGAAAUUCCUGGAAUUACUACAAGGCUGUUGUAUAUACCAGGAUUGUUGGAAACAAAAUUACCAGAUUUUUAGGCCAGAUAGCUAACACUACGCUGGCUAGUGGAAAAAUACACCCAAGUCAAUGGGGCGCACUGCACUUGGUGGGCCAUAGCCUGGGGGCUCACAUUUGUGGUUUUGUGUGUCAUAACUUCAAUCGUGGGCAUAACAACUGGUUAAUAAAACGAGUAACUGGUUUAGAUCCUGCACAGCCAUGUUUUACUACAAAAGAUCCUGCUAUGAAAUUGGAUAGAACGGACGCGCCCUUUGUUGAUAUUAUUCAUACAAAUGGUCGAUUGCUGUCACGGUUGGGGCUUGGAUUACCGACACCAAUAGGUCAUGUUGAUUUUUAUCCAAAUGGUGGAAUGAAGCAGCCUGGUUGCAGUCCAAUGAUGGACUCUUCCUUUUUUAACUUCUUACCUAUUUCAAAUUCGAAAAUCCAAGAAAUAAUAUGCAGCCAUGGACGCUCCUAUGCAUAUCUGAUAGAAUCAUUAUAUUCUGCGGUAACGAAUAAUUGCACUUUUUGGGCUCAUCCCUGGGACAUGACAUACAGAGGCGCUCUGAAAGCUUUGAGCCAAACUUGUCAUCCAAGAAAUUGUACUGAAAUGGGCAUCAGAGCUGAGAAUUAUUCACAACGAGGCAUCUUUUAUGUUGCUACUUCCGAACAUCCACCGUACUGUGUGGGUGAUACUGCUAUUAAUCAGAAUCAACUCGGUAACCUCGCAGAGGAUCUAGCUGGGCAAUUGGAGGAUUGAUGAAAAUGCUUUGGGAGAAGAAAGAAUUU